AUGACUCCAGGUUUCCUCCUUUUCCUCUCUAUGACAGUCGUUCUGAGUGCAACUAUCAGUCAAGAUCAAAGUGAUGCAUCUUUGGGCAUCAGUGAAUUCAUCAAACAAGCCAAUGCCAGCAUAGAGAAGGAACAACAAUUUAGGACUAUUUCACCUCGUUUUCGGAGGAAUGCAGAUCCAUGCACAGAGACUUAUUGCAAGUGGCCAGGUGGACACUACGUCAUAGUGCCCUAUGAGAUCUCAUGUUCAUACACUUCAGCAGAACGUGAAAUCAUCGUCAGAGGCUUGUUGUCUUUCCACGACUCCACCUGCAUUCGCUUUGUUCCAAAGAGUUUGAACACUAGAGAUUACCUUUACUUCUUCUCUGGAGCUGGGUGUUCAUCCUAUGUGGGCCGUCAGCAGGGAAAACAGAACAUUUCCCUGGCGUCAGGCUGUUUGAACAAGGCCACAAUACAGCAUGAGGUACUCCAUGCUCUGGGCUUCCACCAUGAGCAGUCCCGUUCUGACAGAGACCAGCAUGUCCAGAUCCUCACCAAAAACAUCAAGCCAGGACACGAACGUAACUUCAAGAAGGUGCAGACUAACAAUUUGGGAACGUCCUAUGACUUCAAAUCUGUCAUGCAGUACAGCAAAUAUGCCUUCUCCAAGAAGAGGAACCAUCCGACCAUCUUUGCAAAGUCCAAUCCUAAGCUUGAAUUUAAAAAGGCCAAGGAGAUGAGUGACAAUGAUAUUGCCCGUGUAAACAGACUUUACAAGUGCAGUGAGUAAAAAGAUAAAAAUCUCUAACAAUGGCAAAAAAGGGGUCGGACUGC